GCUGACCACACCUACUUUACUAGUCUGCUAGUAGCCGGUUUUUACAGACGCAACAUGCUGCCUUGCUCCCACUUGAAGUUUACACGCAAAAAACUUCUCCCCACGAAAUAGUCAUCACAUCCACUCUCUCUCUUUUAGUGGACUUUCAGUGGACCUCAUUUUGGGACGCCUUUUACACUUUGUUAUCUUCUGCCAAGUGCCGAUUCUGCGUUUGAACAUGUUGCAAAGCGUCGCCCGGUCGCAAGACUGGCUUUACUCGGAUCCACUGUUCUUUGAUGAAGAGUUCUGCCAAAGUUUGAUGAAGGACCUCCAGUCACUACCGACACCCCCUCAGUCGCCCCCUCUGAAGGUGGGCCUGAGCGGCGACGGAAAGCCGCUCUCCAAGGGCGACCAGCUGAGCUACGUGUCGGACAUCCUGCUGGAAGACCAAGACAUGCAACUCAAUUGGAAUUGCGCCUUCUUCCACUCGGAUGGAGCCGAGAAGGACGGCGUGUCCACCGGGGGAUGUCCACCGCCUUCCCCUCUGGAGGAGAGCGGCGAGGACGGGCUGUGGCAGUGCCUGGCCCCGGAUAAGACCCUGGAGGAGAAGCUGGUGUCCUCCAUGCUGGGCUCCAGCCCGCUGCUGUCUGACAUCGACACAAGUAUCUUUGAGGGGCUAGCCGGGUCCACGCUGGACUGCCAGACUCUCAUGGAGACCCAGGAGCACAGCGAGGCCACGUCUGACUACGGAUCGACUGGCGGCGAGCUGUCCACUUACUCGUCCAGUGACUCCGAGGAGGAAAUCGACGUGGUGACGGUGGGGCGCUGUUCCUCCAGCCCCCCCGCGGAGCUCUCGGCCCGCCAGCAGAAGCAGGAUGAGAAGCAGCGUGCUCUCCAGCGCCACCACCUGGAGAUCCAGCAGCAGCACAACUACGCGGCGCCUUGCCCGGCCUCCCCGCCGACUUCCUCGUCCAGCAAGCGCUCGCGUGGCGGCGACGCACACUCGCGUGCCUCGCACAACUCCCGCGGCCACUUCUCGUCGACAUCCACGCGCUACUACAGCCACCACAGGGAACAGCAGUCAUCGUCGCGGAGCUCGGCGGAAACGGAGGACGAGGAGGAGCGGCGGCGGACGCACAACGUGAUGGAGCGCCAGCGGCGCAACGAGCUGAAGAACUGCUUUGUGCGGCUGCGCGACAACGUGCCCGAGCUUUCGCACAACGAGAAGGCGUCCAAGGUGGUGAUCCUGAAGAAGGCCAGAGACUGCAUCUACGGCCUGGAGGACCGCGCCUUCAGGUUGCGGGCCAAACGGGACAAACUUCAAGCCAAACAGGAAGAACUGAAAGCCAGACUGGAGCAGCUCCGCAGGUAAUGGAGCCGACGGGAAGGAGGCGGGGCUUGUACAAGGGAAGAAGACGCCAUGGACAGAGACCGAGCGUUGACUGGAGUCAAGAGGAGGUUUCAUGAGGACAAAAGUGACUUUUGGUUAUUGUGUUGUUAAAAAGUGUAGACUUUGUGUACAUACACACACACACACACACAGGUUGUGAUGCCUUGACUGCUGACUGUUGUCGGACGCACACACAAGCUCAUUUUAUUGUGUCGUCCUUCAGGACGGUAAACAGACUUGAAUAUAUUUCAGGAUGUGUCGUAGCCAUAGCAACCGAUGAUCCCUCAUAAGAUGCUUUUCAACUUCUUUGUUCAACUCGUUGGGCCAGUGCGAGUUCCACCAGUUGUGUGUGUGCGUGUUUAGAUCUUCAAGCCCCUUCCAGCUCAAAGGUAGCCGUCAUCCGUAGCCGACAGCUCGAAUUUCCCAGCCAAAGUUUGAUUGUCGCCCCUCCGAAGUCCCGAUGCCACCCACCGCCGUAACCACGUCGCUUCCUCUUCACUGACUUUUCCAGUUGCUUGGUGGUGUUUCCCAAGCAAACUUGAGCUAAGGUGUGAAAUAUCACAUUCGCUCUACCCCCAACAUUCCCCUGUUUGCAAAGAAUCUGACCCCCCCCCCACUGCGUGAAGAGAAAGUGAAUGUGAAGCUGUACAAUUUCGAUGGGAUCUUCUACAACAAUUCAUGUUUUUUUCACUCAAGUGGGUUCCUCUGUCGGCAAAAGCGUGUCUUAAAUAUCGAGUGUGGAGUUAGAACUGUUGGACUUUUUCAGGACGUGCUGCCGUCUGGUUCAAACCCGGUGGUCUUCCAGGGAAAUCUCGCUUUGCCUCAACUUCUUCUGGUCCGCGGCAGCGAGCGUCAUCCAAGCUGAGGUUUGGACCAGACGACAGGAGCGAGUUAGUUUUAACGUGACGACAACCUACCUCCACCUGUGUCUGCUUUUCAACUUGGUGGCUAAAAUACUGUUUGGAGUCUUUUUUUUAUGUACAUUUGUUAUUGUAUCAUAAGUUAUUUUAGUCUUUUCGGAGGGGGGGGGGGUUCUUUUUUUCGUUUGAAUUUUUGAGAAUUUAAUGAAAUGUUCUUUUUUCACCA